AUGUCUGCUCCUAAAUCAGGAUUAAAGUUGACUUCUCAGCAAAAACAACAAUUCAGAUCGGCAUUCGCAGUCUUUGAUAAAGAUGGUGAUGGUACAAUUACGGCCAGGGAAUUGGGCGAGGUUAUGCGAUCUCUUGGACAAAAUCCUACUGAAGCCGAUCUUAUAGAUAUGAUUAAUGAUAUUGAUAGGGAUAAAAACGGCAUCAUUGAUUUUGAGGAAUUUUGUUUCAUGAUGACAAAAAUGCUCGAAUCAAAAGACGUUGCUGAGGAUUUGCGAGCGGCUUUCAAAGUUUUUGAUCGUGACGGUAACGGAUUUAUUGAUGCCUCGGAACUUCGAUAUAUCAUGACUAACUUAGGCGAAAGAUUGACAGACGAUGAGGUCGAUAUGAUGAUGCGUGAAGCGGACUUAAAUGGUGACGGAGUCAUCGACUAUGAAGAAUUCGUGAAGAUGAUGACUCGCGGCAAUUCAGGUCCCAGCCAUUCAUUAUCACAUGAAAGUCAACAAAAAUCCAAAUCUCAGACUGGAAAAAGGAAACGAUAA